GACUGUACGGUACGCGAGUUGACCUGGAAUGAACUCGCAACUGUGACCUAUGGUAACGAGGAAGGUUACCAGUGAAGUCAGAGAUGAUACGCAUAUUUGAGUGGAUAUUUUGUGUCUUCUUCGGUUUCUCUGCCGUCUGGGGACUAGUCUUCGAUUCUUUCAUGGUAUAUCCGAAAUGGCUGUAUCCAGAAUUUGUGCCAAAGGUUCUGGUAUGGUAUACAGAGCACUACAAAGAUCCAUUACCUUUAAAUCCUCCAGAGUGGCUGCAGGCCUUUGCAUGGUGUGAGCAGCUCUUCCUGGUACCUUUUAGCUUUGUGGCAGCAUAUGCAUUUUACAAAGGUAAGCAGCGCUGGAUCCGCAUUCCAUCAAUCAUCUAUGCCACUCAUGUGUUGACCAUGAUGGUAGCCUAUAUGUACCAUCUCUUCAUGCACGACUUCAGCAAGCAAAAAUACCCUGGACCAACUACUUCUGAAGAAAGACAACGGCUGAUCACAACCAUUCUCCCCUUUGGUAUCAUUCCUGUAUUGCUACUGGUUUUCAUGGUGAAGGAGGAGAAUUAUGGGAUGCAUGGUCACUUCACACACGUGCCACGGCACCAUUCACCUUCUAGGAGAUCAGAGAGAAUUGCUAAGAGAGACUGAGAAGUUGCUAUGUUUUAGUGAAGCUCCUGGUGAUAUAAUUUGUUUUUAUCAAAGGCAGCAAUUAACGUGACCAAUUUCAUUGUCAAUGUUUUGUACUUCAAAGUAACAACUCUUUGAUGUGACGGUCACAAAAAGCCAUAGUAUGCAAAUAUCGACUUUCAUACUUUUGUUGAAAUGUUGUUUUCCUCUUAACAGUCUUUAUCUCACUGUGUGUUUGCAGUGUAAAACUAGGAGUAAUAAAACAUUUUAGAAAACUGAAACAAUAUGUUUACUUUACAUUAUCAAGCAAG